AUGCGGUUACCUUUCGGGCGGCGGCACGCCGCUCGCAGCGAUUCCUUUUCUUCACGCCUCUCACUCUUUUCUCUCUGCGCGUUAGCAGCAUCACCAGCAGCCGCCAUCUCCUUUACCCCCGUACCCUCGCCGAAUCUCGACCUCUCCCAGCUCGGCCGUGUCGUCCUAGCAGGCGACUUCUCAGGGAUAUCCCUCUACCAGUUUGAAGAGCAGAACGUCCACGCGACGCGGAACAACAAUGGCAGCGAGCAGCUCCUUGCGCGGAUGCCUAACGCCCUCUUCGCCCCCAUCGCGAACACCGACGCGACAAUACGUACCAUGUGUACACUCGACACGGACAACGGGACCGUGGUUAUCCUAGGCGGAAAUUUCACUAGUAUCAGAGGCCCCGACGAGGACGCGAAAGCGUUACAAUCGAAUGCCAUCGCUCUCUUCAACCCCGACACAGCUGCGGUGACGCCCCUCCCGGGCCUAUCAGGACAGGUUAACUCCCUGUUGUGCGACCAGGAUAAAAAGAGGGUGUAUCUUGGGGGCAGUUUUGUGGGUGCUAACUCAACCAACGCGCUGGCAUGGGAGGCGGGCAAGAACUGGGUCAAUCUGCCCUUUGCAGGGUUUAAUGGACCUGUGACGUCUAUCGCGAAGGCGUCCAACGGGAACAUCAUUUUCGGAGGCAGCUUUACCGGCCUGGGGAACGCGAGCACUCCGAGCACGCCCGACGGUCAAAUCAUUAACCUGUCGACAGCGAGCAUUACCACUGGGUCGUCAGCCACCACGGCCGGCUUCAGCGAUCCAAAGAACAUCAUUUGCAAGACGGGUGGUGAAGAUGGCUCAGGAAACACGUGGCUGCUCCAAGACAACGCCCCGGGUUUCUGGGACGCCAAGUUCCGACACGGUUUCCGGCCGACCAAGUUACGCCUGUACAACACGCACCAGGAUGGUCGGGGCACCAAGACAUGGAGGUUCACAGCCAUGCCCAUCAACGGAAUCAUGAACUUUACCUACAUCGACCCGGUGACGCAUAAGAAUGCGACAUGCACCAGCGAGUGCCCGUUGAGCGACGACAAGUCCGUCGAGUUCCAGGACUUCCACUUUGUCAACCUCGUUGGCAUGAACCAGUUCCGGUUUGAUAUCUCGGCUUUUUACGGCAAUGGCGGUGGCUUGGAUGGCCUCGAGCUUUUCGCCGACGAUAUUUCCUCGUAUGCCGUGGACGACUUCAACGAGCCCACGUGUGCCGGCCUCGAGUUCCCAUCGACAGCAACCAGUACGGGGCCGUGGACCGUCACGCCUUCGUACUCAAGCACCGCCGAGUAUCUCUCCGCCCUACUUACGGCCCCCAUCUCUAAUAACUCAGCCUCCGUUGUGUUCUCGCCCGACAUUCGGGAGUCCGGCCAUUACUCGGUUGAUCUGUAUACCCCCGGCUGUCUCCAAGACAACACUUGUGCUACCCGCGGCCAGGUAAAGAUCAGCGGGCAAAUGACUGCCGACCCGACGAAGAGCGUCCCGAUCGAUGUCGACCUGUACCAGACCAACAACUUUGACAAAUACGACCAGGUCUACUUCGGGUUUAUCGACGCCAGCUCCGGCGGGUUCCGCCCCAGCGUUACCUUGACCCCUCGGGCCGGCCAGGAUCUUGCGCAGAUGACCAUCGUUGCGCAGCGCAUCGGCUUCACCUUGAUUAACAGCACAGGUGGCCUCAACGGCCUGUACGAAUACGCACCCGGGGCCGCUGUUAAUGCCAGCGACUUCAUGAAAUCCAAGUUCAACCGCCUCGGAGGUAGCUUCGACACGGGCUCAACUGUCAAAGCCUUGGGAACGGUCGGCGACGCUACGUAUAUCGCGGGCAACUUUACCGGUGACCGCGGCGUGCGCAACAUUGUGGCGCUCGAGGGUGACGAUGAGAAGACUCUGUCGCUCGAUGGCGGUCUUGAUGGCGCGGUCAACACCUUGUUCAUUAACGGAACCAACAUUUUUGUCGGCGGGGCCUUCGCCGCUACCUCAGACGGGUCGACCAAGGACCUGCACAAUGUCGCUAUCUACGACACCUCCAAGAAGACCUGGAAAUCACUCGGUGCGGGUGUCAGCGGCACGGUAUCGCGGGUGGUGGGCAUGACCAUGAACGUUACCAGCACGACACCCGAGGUGGUUGUCAGCGUCAACGGAGAGUUUGACGAGCUCCGUGCUUUUGGCGGGCGCCCGGCCGUCAAGGUGAACGGGUUCGGUAUCUGGGUGCCGUCGCAGAACAACUGGCUGCAGAAUCUGGAGGGCUUGGCCGUCGAGUCGGUCGACGGCAUCCUAUCCGCGUCGAUUCUCAACUUGGCCGGCCAGUCGCUGUAUGCUGGCUCGCUUUCGGCUUCUAGCCUGGGCGUGAACGGCGCUGCUUCGCUUGGCAGCGACACGCUCGGCCGUCUUCCCGUGGACAUUCAGCCGUCCACUGAUUCUUCCUCGAGUGGUGUCACCAAGCGCGCCGAUACGAGUGCGGCCACGAGCGAUAUCCGUGGUGUCACGACCGGUGUCUUUGACGUUGACAACGGCCGGAAUCUGACCAUUCUGGGCGGUCACUUUACUGCCAAGGCCAGCGAUGGCUCGACCAUCCACAAUCUUCUCAUCAGUGACGGCGCGGACAAGGACAGUGUGAAGGGGCUGGGCGAUGGAAUCUCGGCCAACUCGACAUUCUUGGCCCUGGCGGUGGAGGGCGAUAUCCUGUUUGCUGGUGGCAAGGUCGAGGGCACUGUGAACGGUGACGCCGUCAGUGGCUUGGUCACUUACAACCUCGCCAGUCGGUCGUUCAACACUCAGCCUCCAGCGCUCUCUGGGGGGAACAGCACUGUUUCGUCCAUCGCCGUUCGCUCGGCCACCAAGGACGUCUAUGUCGCCGGUUCCUUCACCUCGGCCGGCUCUCUCGGCUGCAACAGCAUCUGCUUCUUCAGCACCACCGCCUCGCAGUGGAAUCAGGCCGGCCGCAAUCUUGAUGGCACUAUCAGCUCGCUUCUCUGGGCCAGCGACAACAUCCUCCUCGCCGGUGGCAGCCUCACCAUCAAUAGCACGGCCACCGCCUUCCUCGGCCGCUACGACACCAGCACCCAAACCUGGAAUAUCUUCCCCGGUGCCGAGAAACUCCCCGGGCCCGUCACCGUCCUAACCGCCGGAACCAGCGACGGCAACCAGAUCUGGGCCGCAGGCACUUCCGCCCAGGACGGGUCCGCCUACCUCAUGAAGUACGACGGCUCAGCCUGGCAGCGCGCCGGCGAAUCCGCCCUGCAGCCCGGAACCGACAUCCGCGGCCUCCAGAUCUUCUCCCUCGCCGCUUCGCACGACGAGUCCCCGCUCCUAAAUAAAGACGAGGCCCUUCUCAUCACGGGUUCUAUCGUCCUCGCCGACUUCGGUCCCGCCUCAGCCGUCCUCUACACCGGCAACAAGAAAUUCACCCCCUUCGCCCUCACCACCACCUCAUCUUCCUCCUCUUCCAGCGACAGCGACACCAGCUCCAACGGCGGUAGCAUCGCCCGCGUCUUCUCCGAGCGCAAUAGCUUCUUCUCCAAGAGCAACGCCAACUCCAUGCCGCUCGGCUUCGUCGUGCUCAUCGGCCUGGCCAUCGCCCUCGGCCUGAUGUUGCUGCUUGUCGUCGGCGGGCUGGCGCUCGACCGCCUGCGGAAACGCCGUGAAGGGUAUGUGCCUGCGCCCACGUCGAUGAUUGAUCGUGGGAAUGGUAUGGCGAGGAUCCCGCCGCAUGAGCUGUUGGAGGGGUUGGGGAGGAGAGGGGGGGUGCCGCAGGUUUGA